AUGGGUUCAGGGCGGGGCGCUCCUGCCUUUUCACAACUACGGAUCACUAUGACAUGGCCUUGGAGCAAGAAUGACUGGAAGCUUGAAGAUGGUCUCAAGUUGUAUUAUGACGUCAGGAGCAAGAAUGACUGGAAGCUUGAAGACGGUCACAAGUUGUAUUAUGGCGUUAUUAGCAAGGAUGUCUGGAAGCUUGAAGACGGUCAAAAGCUGUAUUAUGAUGUCAAGAGCAAGAAUGACUGGAAGCUUGAAGACGGUCACAAGCUGUAUUAUGACGUUAUUAGCAAGGAUGACUGGAAGCUUGAAGACGGUCACAAGUUGUAUUAUGACGUCAGGAGCAAGGAUGACUGGAAGCUUGAAGACGGUCACAAAUUGUAUUAUGACGUCAGGAGCAAGGAUGACUGGAAGCUUGAAGACGGUCACAUGUUGUAUUAUGACGUCAGGAGCGAGGGUGACUGGAAGCUUGAAGACGGUCACAUGUUGUAUUAUGGCGUCAUUAGCAAGGAUGACUGGAAGCUUGAAGACGGUCACAAGCUGUAUUAUGAUGUCAGGAGCAAAAAUGACUGGAAGUUUGAAGACGGUCACAAGUUGUAUAAUGACGUCAGGAGCAAGGAUGACUGGAAGCUUGAAGACGGUCACAAGCUGUAUUAUGGCGCCAUUAGCAAGGAUGGCUGGAAGCUUGAAGACGGUCACAAGUUGUAUUAUGACGUCAUUAGCAAGGAUGACUGGAAGCUUGAAGACGGUCACAAGUUGUAUUAUGACGUCUGUGGAAAAUUACAUUUAUCUUUUCGUAAAAAUAAUGAGCUAAAUUUGCUGGUACGCAGAUCUACUAAAAGACGCACAAGAAGCUCCAUAUCUGCUCAUUCUCCAGGUGUAACUACCCCACAAACUGUUCCCAUUAAUGGUAGUCACCCAUCUUCUGCAAAAGCUUCAGAAUCUGGAGCCAAACUGAGCACAAAGCUUUCAUCUUCUGUGAAUGUCUCCGGAGAUAAAGUGCCCGGUGCAACCCCUGUGGGAGAAUCACCUCUGGACACAACUGUGGACAUAAAACCCAAAACACCAAAGUCACAUAGCGUUGUUAAGCAAAACAGAUUGGUUAAGACAGCUACACCAUCUUCAACACGAAAGUCCCAAAAUGGAGGAAAUCACCAGAUUAAUACUCCAAAAAACAAAACCAAGCUCUUGGAAGGUUCAGAAAUUACUAAACCAACAUUUACAAUUGGAAGAGAUGAUCUUCCAUAUGACAGAAAGGAGGGGUCUAAAGAUGGUAGCUCCAACAUUCCUCGAUUUUUGUCUUAUGUGCGAAAGUUGAAGGUACCCAAUUUUGCCAAAAUUCACGAACGGGCGUUCAGUCGAAUGGAGGCACUUGAUGACUAUGUAGAAAAGAAACAAAAGCUAGCAGAUAAUGUAGAAAGUGCGAAGAAAUCACAGAUUACAACUGAGAAGGUGUUUCAGCCAACUGUUACCAGCGUCAAGAACUUAAAUCUAAAUUUUGCAUCCCCAAGGUCUUCAACCAGGAAGACUCCAGCUUUUUCUAAGUACAUAGUGGCUCAAUCUAAGAGUCCCAAACCUAACACCUCUCUAAAAGUAAUGUCAAGCUCACAAAAAACUCCAAAAUUAGCCCAGAUUUCUGAGAAGACUGGAAAGGAGUCCUUCCCUUCCAGCAGUAAGCCUUCGAAGUCUCCAAGGGCAACAAGGAAGGAUGCAGGUGUAACCCAACGAUUACCUAAAAAUAAGUCCUACAUUAAAAAAUCUCCAAGAACAUCUCCAAGAAAUGCUGUAUCAGUUUGCAAGAACUUACAGAAACAAGGCUCUGAAACAACUUCAAAGGUCACAUCGGUCAAGAAAGUUUCACCAGUUAGAGGCCCAAAUGUCUUGUCAAAACUUCACAAAGAAAACGUUAAACCUGUGAAUCAGUCUGUGCCGAGUCCUGCUGUUACUAGCAAGCUUACUUCUGUGAAUCUCUCAUGCAUAGGUUCUGUUAACAAGAGGUCUGAGUAUGAUCCAAAGGCCACCAUUAACAAGCCCUUGAAUUAUAUACCAUACAAGGGAACUUUGAAACCAAUUGCUGACCGAGAAACAUUGAAGAAAAUGGCAGAAAGGAAACCUAAUCUUAAAUCCAGGCAUGAAAUGCGUGAGGGCCAGAGGAAAAUACUAAAGGGAGUCAGAUUCAACAAAAGGUUCGAAUUGCAGAUGGCUAAUCGAGGCAUUACCUUAUAGAGAUGAAAUAGUCUUUCCUUAAUGGAAUGGUUCUGUUUAUUGGUAUUAUUGGUAAAGGCUUAAUCAUUCUCGUUGCAUUAUUACUUGUAUACUGCACAUUGGUAUGUAUGCAUAUCUGUGCUCCCCUACACAAUACACUCUCCUCUAUGUAGUUGCAGUGGUUAAGCCCUUAUUCCUAGCCUGACCUCUCAACUUGCUGCUUGCCAGAAUCCCACCAUCUCAGCUUUGUGGGCCCUAUUACACCUGCUCUCAAAACUAUAUACAUGUAUAUAGCUUACCACUACCACUUCCUCACCAAGAUCAUUCAGUUAUUUCAUUUCUGACCACCCUAAGAUUGAAAAAAUACUUCCUGACAUCCCUGUAGCUCAUUUAUGUCUUAUGAAGAGAUUGUACCUAAAGACUUGCAGCCAGUGCUUCAGCUUAUGCAUUUACUAAGGUACUGGAUAUGGAUCUAAAUGGCAUUGACCUGAAAAUAGUGAAAAAAAUCGUGUUUACAGAAAGAGCUUUUGUAGAAAUAUGGUAUAAAAUACCAAGAUGAUACCUAUAGAAAGAAAUAGAGUAUAAUGUAGGCUUUUAUUGAUAACAUUUUUGCCCACACACAGAGUGCAGUCAGGUUAUAUGUAAAAUGAAUGGUGGAUGUAAGGUCUUCUUAGCUUGCAUUGGCAGGCCUGUUGCAGUGUUCCUAUGAAUUUUUGCUAUGUAACGAGACUAUUUAAAAGCUUCAUGGCAAGCAACUUAGCUAUGUUGUAGACAUCAUUGUUCUGAUUGAAAUUGUUGGACAAGUUGACGAGGGCUGAUUCUAAGAUGCUAUGCUACGUUUAGGUGUUCUCUUUCUUGAAAGAGAACACGUAAGUCAAGUGACUGGGAAUUAUCACGUGAAACUCAGACGUUAUCUAGGUCAUUAAUUUUACGGGUGUAUUGGUGUUCAGAAAUGCAUUAGUGGAAGUCUGGAUGCCUUGCUUGCAUAUUGUAUCUUGGUAAUUCCAGGGAAUUAUUAUAUCCCUGCAGUGGUUUGAACUUGUUGACAGUGUCUCUUGCACAGUCUCUCUCAAUGAUUGCAACAAAAUAUACGUGGGAGAAACAUCAGACGAUUUCUUCAAACAUUCGUGAACACCAGAAUUCCAGUAAAAUUGAUGACUAAUAAUACCUGCAUUUCACACUUAAAACCAAUUGAGUAAUUUUAUGAGUACACUACUCAUCAUCCAGGAAGACAUCCAGAAUCAGCACUCCUCAAUAUAUCCCACAAUUUCAACCAGAAAAACAGUUGCAGUCGGCCUGCUGACCGAAGUUAGAUAAACCCUACACCCACUACUCAUCUCAUACCUAACCUGGAAUCUCACUGCUUCCUCUCCAGGUUCAUCUGUUUGAUUGGAUGAAGCUUACUGCAAGGGCAAAAUGUUGCCAGUUAAUACAUUAUACUGCAUUUGUAUCUUUAAAUGGAAUGAGUUUCAAUGGGACAUUUUGAUCUCUUCAGAUCUUUUUCAAAGGAUACAAAUUGCACACACAUGUAUACUGUAUACAGCAUGGCUAAGUACAGGGGAAGCAGUAUAUGUGUGCAGAAUUCCUAUUUUUUUUUAAGAUACAGUACUUACAACAUAUUCUUGCAGUAUGAUAAAAUUUAAUUAUUGUAUAUUUUGCUGUAUUUCAUUAAUUUUUUUUUUUUUUUUUUGCCAUUCUUAAAAAAUCAAAUACAGUAUAUGGAUUUUUUUUAAUAUUUUAAGGCUUAUUCAGGUCAGAAGUAAACAAUAAAUUUGUUACUUAUACUGAAUUCAGAGUUUAUGAAAUGUAAAUGUUAGAGUAGAUUUCACCAUAGUAACUAGAUAUUAUCACUAGUUAUAGCAUAUAUUCUUGAUUACUAACAACAUAAUUCCUUAUAUAAAUCAUUUUUAUU